AUGUUAUCCAACGCUCUUGUGCCCUUUGCGGUGUUAUUGGCCCUCAGCUCUGCCGCCCCGUCACCAGUGGAUGUCCCCGUUCACACCAUUCCUCAGUCUCGCGAUGACUACCACAUCUAUCCAACCGUCAAGCUUGAUGGGAGCCCUCUCGAUAAGGCCCUAAUAAAUGCCAACAACGGAGAAUUAUACAUCGGCAAACCUACAACUGCCGAAUGCCAGGAAGCCUACCCAUGCGAUACCCUUUCCAACGCCACUGCCAUCAUUGUUUCAAACAACGGCGCUGGAGCGGCGAUGGAUGUCUAUGUUCCCGGCGGCCAAAUACUGUAUGUCAGGAAAACGGGAGAACUAGGAUAUACCGCGGCCCAUGCCCAGAAUGUCCCAUCCGAUGCCACUCAAAAGGGCUUCAUGCGAGUUGAAUUCUUUCCCUCAGACAAGUCAGCUUACGCUGCCGUUAUUUUCCAUGGCGAAGCCUUUUUGGCGUGUCCCCUAGGGGAAGAGGGGGUGUAUCGUGUACACGCCUUCGCCGAUUCCAGGACCGAUUGCACCAAGAUUGAAAUCCAGGCCGUGGAUUCCGGCUCAGAACCACACGCAUAUCAAUAUACUGCGCCGUAUACCGUUUCCUGA